CUCCUCUUACACUGAGGUCACCUACUAUAAAUCGUCCCCCCUUUUAACCUCUUUUUUUCUAAGCUGUCCAAGGCCGUUCGAUUCUAAACUUCGAAUCGUGAUCAAUUCAAACUCCGUCGUUUGCCGCCGCUCAGUUUCUUUUUUUUCCGUUCUCGUUCUUGACAUCCACAGGGUGGAGCUGUCACUCGUAAGGUUCAAGAUUCGCUUUUCUAACAAUUCCACCUCAGGCAGCACUCUGACAGCUAACGUAAGGUCUGUUAGACCCCCACAGGGACCGUGAGAAAAGGGUCUAACAGGCCCCUCUACGUCGUCAGGAACGCUCGACCUGGGCUUCUACCUUGUCUACCACGACCUGCGACUGCGCCAGGAUACGCGCUCAGUACCUAUCCCUCGUCCUCCCCGUCACUCCCAUCGGCCAGGGCUUUCCCUCGAAGCCAAUGGAAGGCUCGUAAACUCGACGUUGUUCUGAAACUACACGGUACUUUGCGCUCGCACUUUCCCUCAGUCGCCCUCAUCGACCUGGUCAUCCUUUGACACUGCUUCCACUGCGUGCAAGUUGCAUUGCUCAAACCGCACCCUUGCUCCUUCCCCUUACUCCCGCAAACAUCUCUUGAUUCAAUGGACCCUGCUUCUGCUGUCUUUAAGUCUACACGGGUCAAGGUACAUUACCUGUUACGCACCACCACGCCAUGCAGCACGGUUCCCCUAUUCCCCAGUAUUACCCACUACGCCCGCUACUGUGCAGCACGGUCCUCCGCUCCCUGCCUUUCAACCGCAACCCUCCACGAGCGCAACCCUCCACGACCCGUGCCAACCCCAGACCCAUCACGCCCCUACCAGCGACUCAGAUCGACUACUGAAGUUCACCUUUCUUGUCAUGUCCGUCACAUUCUACACAACGCCAACAUCAGCUAUUUGGACACACCCUUGAAGAUGAUGCCUCAAAAUCUCGAUAUGGAUGGGAAUUCUCGAGAACUGAUUGGUGGGGCGUGGCGUUAGAUGGCAGACGGUGGUAGGGCAAAUCGGUGUCCAACAUUGUGUCCAUGAUGUUUAGAAUACCCACCAUGUCCUCUGUGAAUGACCCUGCAGUCCUCCCAUAGUUCACAUUAAAGUUGUACAUCGUGCACCCACAAUACUGCAUCGCCUCCGAUCUAAACUUUAUGUCAAAUAUAAUAUAUCGCUUUCAUGUGUUAGAUUCAG